AGAUUUGUAGUAGAAGAACAGCUUCACCUCACUUCCCACGAUAACGCCCCAAAUGCCUUCCAUGCUCUUUCUCUCUCUCCUCUUCAAUCCCCCUUACUCUCCAUGACACUCCAAACCCUUCUCAAUUUCAAUUCCAAUUGAACAAUAUCUGGGAUUUUCUCUCUCCUUUUUUGAUAUACAAAUAUAGCUUCUUCAAUUGGGGUUUUCAGUUUUUGUUUAAUUUUUCUGGGUUUUGGUUCAUUUUUUGAAGGGUAAUUUUGAUCUGGGUAUUUCUCAUUUGGAUCGAUCUAUCUGUGGAGAAUUCAGGACAGAGAAAUUAAGAAGAAGAAAUGGAGGAAGCGCUUUGUAAUUGGGCAGUGAUCCGAUCUCUUCUUGCUAUUGUUCAAUGGUGGGCUUUCAAUGUCACUGUUAUUAUCAUGAACAAAUGGAUCUUUCAGAAACUGGAUUUUAAGUUUCCUCUUACAGUAUCUUGUGUCCACUUCAUAUGCUCGUCUAUCGGAGCUUAUGUGGCGAUCAAGAUUCUGAAGAUAAAACCUCUGAUAACAGUUGACCCCGAGGAUCGCUGGAAAAGGAUAUUCCCUAUGUCAUUUGUGUUCUGCAUCAACAUAGUCUUGGGAAAUGUGAGCUUGCGUUAUAUACCAGUCUCCUUUAUGCAGACCAUUAAAUCCUUCACUCCAGCAACAACAGUUAUUUUGCAGUGGCUUGUAUGGAGAAAAAGUUUUGAGUGGAGAAUCUGGGCUUCUUUGGUCCCGAUUGUCGGAGGGAUUCUUCUAACUUCUAUGACAGAACUUAGUUUCAAUAUGUUUGGAUUUUUGGCUGCUUUGUUUGGUUGUUUGGCGACCUCAACCAAAACUAUUCUUGCGGAAUCUCUUUUGCAUGGCUACAAGUUUGAUAGCAUAAACACCGUCUUCUACAUGGCACCUUUUGCAACCGGUAUUCUAGCAUUACCAGCUUUGGUACUUGAAGGUCCUGGAGUAAUUGUAUGGCUUAACACACACCCUUCGGUCUUCUCUUCCUUGAGCAUCGUCUUUGCCUCUGGAGUAUUGGCUUUCUGUCUCAAUUUUUCCAUCUUUUAUGUUAUUCAUUCUACUACGGCUGUCACGUUCAACGUUGCUGGAAAUCUCAAGGUUGCUGUUGCCGUUCUCAUUUCAUGGCUGAUAUUCAAAAACCCAAUAUCGGGUUUGAACGCAGUAGGGUGUGCAAUAACACUGGUUGGUUGUACGUUCUACGGCUACGUGAGGCACAUGAUAUCACAACAACUGCCCGGAACACCGAGAACUCCUAGGACACCACGGAAUCGUACAGAAAUGAUCCCCCUUGUGAAUGAGAAGUUAGAUGACAAGGUCUGAAACUCUGAAUCAAUCAAGUAGUAAUUUUCCAGGUAAAAAUUCAAGGUUUCUUGGAAUAUAGGUUUUAUAGGAAGACAACAGAGGUGAUUAUGAUUAUGAUUAUGAUGAUAAUGAUAUUUAUUUCUUUGUUGUUUUAGACAUGAUUAGAUUCUUAUAAGUUCAAAUAGAAUGCUUCUUUCCUAACCCUUCAUACAUAUAUAUAGAGAGAGAGAAAAGUUUUUCCCUGAUUGUCA